AUGGGCUCGAUCAUCUCGCGGCCCGUCGUGACGUCCGUGGGCGUCCUGUACCCUGCGUACGCAAGCUUCAAAGCGCUCGAGACGCCGGCGACGGACGAUGACAAGCAGUGGCUCACGUACUGGGUCGUCUUCUCCAUCACGUCGUCGGCCGAAGAAGUCGCGGAGCGCGUCGUCUCGUACCUUCCGGGCUACUAUGUCCUCAAGUGCAUCUUCCUCGUGUGGCUCAUGCUGCCCAAGACGCGCGGUGCGAUCAUCGUCUACGACAAGUACCUCCAGCCGCUCCUCAAGCAGUACGAGCCGCUGCUCGAUGCCAAGCUCGCCGCCUUCAAGACGUAUCAAGGCCUGACGAUCAGCAUCGAGAAGGCCAUGGAGGUCCAGGAGGCGGCUGCGAAGAGCCCGCUCAAGGCCAAAGUCGCCGACAAGAUGGCCGAGAUCAAGUCGAAAGGCUUGCAGAUGACGUCGGACAGUGUCGCCAAGAUCAAGGCGCAGGUCUCGCGCCGCAAGAUGUCGUCGUCCAUCGACGCUGACGUCGACGCCGAGCCGGAAGCCACCGAGUAG